GAUACAAACUUUGCAAAUGUUAUGAACUCCAAAAGCCUUUCACGAAGCAGCAUAAUUAUAACUAUUAACAUAAUAUUAUCAUGCUAAAUAGAUCUGAACUUUCAAACUAAGCAUUUGCAUGGUGUGACAUUACAACAUGGUACCAAAACUACCAACUAAAAGCUGUUGAGGCAAACAUGAUAAAAUCAAGUCUUGUAUAUGAAACAACGAGCAAUUGAAAGUGAUUGAAAAAAGUUAUAAUGGAAAGCGUUACCCACCUAUCGUGAAACUGGGCCCUGAACACGUCGAAUUUUUGAUUACGUUUUUCGCUUAGAUAGAUUUUUACGCGAGAAUAUUAACACAGUUAUUUUACAAUUUAAUCUUUUAGAUUCUGCUUUUCUUCUCCGUAUUGGAAAUUUUAAAAGCUUGCAAAUCAGUCCCUGCUGGAAUGGAAAGCACGGCGAUUCGUGAUUCUGAGAUCAGUGCUUCUUCCAACUACGAUGUCUACCAUCGUGACAUUUACGCCCGAUUGAAUCACAUGACAGGCUAUUGGACUCCAGCCAUCGCUGAUUCCAAUCCAUGGCUGCAAAUCGACUUUAAAUCGACGACAACUGUGGACUCUAUCAGUACACAAGGAGCGAAAACCUUCACUGUUAGCUAUGGAGACGAUGGCGUAGCAUUUACAGUCUUUACAGAUUUUACCGAUCUUGACAAGAUCUUUCCUGGAGACUAUGAUUUGCAAACUACGAAGAAAUAUUCGUUUUUUCCGCUUAUCGAGGCACGAUACGUUCGCGUCAAUCCGCAAAAAACCGUAUAUCACAUUGGUCUACGAGUGGAAUUCCAUAUAUGCGCUCAAGAUUGUUUUCCUACCAACCCAUGUCAGAACACCGGAAACUGCGUCAGUUCAGAGCUGGGUCUUUAUAAUUGUGUUUGUCCUGCACUAACUAAAGGCACUCGUUGUGAAACUUGCUCUGGUUCAAUUCCUCUUGGAAUGGAAAGCGGCGAUAUUCUGGACGCCCAAAUCACAAGCUCGCCAAAGGGUUCGCGUUACGGCCUCUACAACGCAAAAUUCGCGAGGUUGAACCAAACAGCUAUACCUCACGUUACACUUGGUGGUUGGAGUCCAACACCCUUCUCAAAUUCCUAUCUGGAGAUUGAUUUCACGAUGAAAACAACGUUGACAUACUUGUUGACGCAAGGCAAGGAAGCCACUAUCGGCGUAACGGUGACCAAAUUCAAAAUGACCUACACAGCAUCGUCUAGCCGCACUUACUUUUCGUACAUAUCAACUUCAUCUGGUCAGUUUUUUUAUAUGGAUGCGAACAACAAGAACAUUACUCGCAACGAUUUUCAGCCCAUGGUCAUAGCACGUUAUGUGAGAUUCUAUCCACUCGAGUACAACAUUCAACCAGUUGUGAGGAUGGAGUUCUACGGAUGUAUGGGGGUCCAUCACUGUUUGAGUUAUCCAUGUCUAAAUAACGGAACAUGUAGUCAAUUAUCCAACGGCUACAAUUGUAUUUGUGUUGAUGGUUUUAUUGGGUCGCGAUGUCAAACUCCAGCCCCAACUACGUCUCCUCCUAUCAACUACUGCUUGAAUGAUUCAUGUCUAAAUAACGGAACAUGUCGUGAAUUAUCCAACGGCUACGAUUGUAAUUGUGUUAAUGGUUUUACUGGGUCGCGAUGCCAAAAUCCAGCCCCAACCACGUCUCCCCCUAUCAAAUACUGUUUGAAUGAUCCAUGUCUAAAUAACGGAACAUGUCGUGAAUUAUCCAACGGCUACGAUUGUAAUUGUGUUAAUGGUUUUACUGGGUCGCAAUGUCAAAGCUAUGUUUCAAUUGCUGGCUUCGCACUAAAUCCUUUAUCACCUCAGGAAUUUGCGCAAAGUUUCACUGUUGUGUGGAACAUGACCGCUGGCACAAAUGUCACAAUUGCUGUAUCAUACAACGGUAUCCCAUGCUGCAAUGCAGGCCCACUUACCAACGUUAGUGGACAAUGCGAUUGCUUAGUGUCUGAUCCAGGCCACUUUGACCCUGAUGGGGUUGUUAAUAUUAGCGCCGUGGCUUCAAAUUUACUGUCUAGUUCACCCUCAUCAAUCGAAGUGGAGGUGUUGAAAAUCAUCACCCAAGCGGGCUUCACAGCGUUAGCAAGUUACUCGGACUUCGGGGUCAACAUCGAGGGUCGUGGGAGCCAGGGAAAUAUCUUCCCAGCUGAACAUCCCGUGAAAUUCAAUUGCUCGUAUGCAGGAGGUCCAGUUACAACUGUGACUUGGACGAUUAAUUGUGAUACAGAUGGCAUGAUCAUGGAGUCCCAGUGUGUUUUCGACAAGAUCUUUCCAAACAAGACCAGUCAGACCUGUCAGAUUACCCUGCGACUGGAAAAUGUCGUCAAUUCAACGUUUGCACACGGUAGCAUUGAACUUAUGGAAAGCGUCGUUUUGUCAAGUCUAACAAGCGACGGUCCUGUGAAAGAAAACCAAACCAUCACAUUCACAAUUUCACUGGAAAAACUUGGCACCCAGACCUGUAUAUGGGUUGAUUUGGGAGACAAUAGUUCUCUCCUGGUGUUUGGUAACGACUCGUGCGCCACAAAGUUUGAUGUUACUGCUAUUAACCCAAAUAUCUUGACUCAACCUCGCUUCAAGUUUCUCCCGAAUUACACUUCGAAUACCCAGGAGAUCGUCUUCCAGCAUGUCUAUCCUGAUAUUGGCUCUUAUGACGUCAGAAUGAACGCGUCAAACGAGGUUUCCAUGGUAACAAAAGACAUAGUUGCCGUUGUCUUGCCUUUCGUUUGCCAUAAUCCAAACGUGACAAUAAAAGGUUUACCUCCAAAUACGUCCAACGCCUUGAAUGCGGCUCAAGUAUACCGCUCAGUCGUCAUUGCUUUGUCCACCCAGAACGACAUUGAUUGCGAGACCACGGAACAGACAAAGACAACGUGGACUGUGCUUAAAUUUGACGAUGAUCCUCGCGAACUGACAACACUGCCUAUUUACAGUUUCUCCAAGUCACCUUAUCACUCCAGUAUCUUUGGCCCCGAUCUUUUACUGCCCGGGAAUGAUUUACCCUACGGUUUCUAUGAGAUCAGUGCCCGGGUCGAGAUGCGUGGCUUGCCUGAUGUUUUCGGAAGCGACACAUUUUACAUCCAAGUAGUUCAAACCCCCUGGCUUGAAGCUGCUGUGGUUGGUGGGUCCUUCUAUACCGCACCUUUUGGCUUAACUGGCAUCUUGAACUCUUCCGCAUCUUCGGAUCCAGAUUUUACUGGUACAGACGGCAUGAAUUUCGCAUGGUAUUGCAGGGAUGUCGAAGAUAAAGAGUUUGUUCAAAGCAAUCUAACAAGUGAACCACUUGUCUCUGACGACGAUAAUAUCGUUCUCCCCAUUACUUCGUUUCGUGGCUGUUUUGGGUCAGGUCGGGGUCGUAUAGAUACCUCAAAUUCUACACUUGUACUGGACACCAGUAACAUGAUGGAAAUGAAAACUUACGAAAUUCUGCUCGUUGUAUCAAAGACUCAUCCAGAGUUUGGUCUCCGUCAGGCGAUGACAACGAUCUUCUUUUACGUCACAACUGGUCUUCCUCCAACGCUAACGCUGGGGUGCUCCAAGAACUGUCAAUCAAAAAUCACUGCUGAGGGUAAGACCAUCAUGCGAGCCGACUGUUCGUCGUUUUGUCAAGGGGAGUUAAUGUUCAAUUGGACUUUACAUUUAUACGAUGACAUUCACGACCCUGAACCGCUGAAUCUGUCAGCGUUGCAUGAGAUUUCAUCGAAGGAAUUUCAGAAUAUGGUAAGGAACCCAAUCAACGAGCUGGAUCUGUCGAUUAAACCUGACGCGCUGCAACCUGGCAAAAAAUAUACGCUGGCAUUUCGAGCGACGCGUCCGAGUGGAAUAUUCGGGGAAGUGAGGACUACCCUUCUUGUGAAUGGACCACCGCUUGGGGGCACGUGUUCUGUUACUCCUUCCUUCGGAAUAUCACUCUCGACAAAUUUCACUUUCGCUUGUGAGAGAUGGUCCGACCACGAAUCACCGCUGACCUACAAGUUCUUCUACGGAAGCAACCAGAGCAAGACACUGUUCUAUUAUCGUACAAUUGCAUCUGGUGUGAGCAUCAGCCACACUGAUAGGCUACCAGCUGGGGAGGAAAGUAACAAUUACACCUUAAGUGUCUCCGUGGAAAUUACGGAUGCGAUAGGGUCAAGUUCAUUUGAGGAGUUUCUUUUACGGGUCGUUCCAAGCGAUAAACUUAGUCUUACCGAAAUGGUACUUCUGGUUGCUGAAUAUGCAAAACUUGGAGAAAAUAAAACAGCCAUGAGUCUAGCUUGUAGUGUGGGGACUACUUUGAAUUCCCUGGGAUCGAAAGUUAGCGAAGCCUUAGAAGCAGGACAAACGUCUGACCAGAUACGAGAAGAUAUGCUGACGAUUAUUUCUGGAAUGAAUCCAAAAGACUUGUCCGAAACCCAACAAAUCAGCGAUUCAGUUGUUGCUCUUGUUGGAAAUGCAGAACAGUUAACUGAAAAAGCACAGGAUGCGGCGCUGACCACUAUUAAGACUACAGCGGAUGAACUGGAGAAGUUAACGCAGAACGAUAUGAUAUUCAAAAACGCCAAGCCUGCAAUUUCUGACAUACUUUGGAUCCUCGGUGCGUUAAAUUCCCGCUCUGAAAACAAAACUGAGGGUUACGUCAAGCGCAUUUUUAAUUUAGUCGAGAAACUUCAAGUUAUUCUACUGGAUUAUUUGGUAUCAAACGAAGGGCCGAGUAUGAUCGAAACGGAAAUGCUUUCAAUGAGUUUGGAGAAGGUAUCUGCCUACGCUUUAGGAAAGAAAGAAAGCGAGCUAAAAGGUGCUCGCUUUAAACCUCCGUCAGGCUCUGCCUUUGGCUUAGGCGAUGUUCUGUCAAAUCCCAACAAAAGCUAUCUUCACGUCCAACCGAUCGCUAUCGAGCUCACUUUGUUUGACAAGAAUCCUUUCACUUGGGAUAACUCGAGUGAAAACGUCACGUCCAACGUGAUUGAUAUUGUAGUUGAAUCAAAGAGCCUGAACAUGUCAUCUUCCAACCUUACAGAAGAUAUUACUCUUACAAUAACCCGAGAUCCAUCAUUGAUUAAGGAUGCAAACAAUUCGUUCUACCUAAAACCUCUUGAAAUUUUGAAUGAACGAGCAAAAAAACAAGAGACUAUUUGA